AACAUUCAUAAGGAUACAUCACCCACAACUAGAACAGUACCAUGGUAAGCUUUAAUCAAUCACUAGACACGUCGCUUCAACUACUCUAUGAUUACUCGUCCAAUUUUCAAAUUUCAGUUGAAUUAGUUCAAAAAUUAGCUCAGCAUUUAAAGUUGGAGACGUUUAUUGAUACCAGUUUCCAAUUUGGCAAUGUUGAAGGAAACAACCAACAAAGAUUAACCAUUGCUGCUUCUUCGAUUCUAUUAGACAUUGAUUUCGAGAAUGAUAGGAAGGUGAGUAAUAUUUCGUUGUCAAUUGGUAAUGAACUGACCCACACUACCGAGAAUAGCAAGGAGUAUAUAGAGUCAGUUCAGAAUAACCAUGGAAUAACAGUGAUAAAACUCAACCCUAACAAGAACCCACUUACUUUUUUGAAAAAAAGCAGUGAUGAAAAGUCUAUUGCGGAGAAGAUAUUACUUGCAAAUCUUUCUCAACCCAAGCUUAACAAAUUUCCCGAGAAUUUACAAUACUUGGCCAUAAUUGACAAAUAUGCCAAUUCCAAUCAAGAUUUAUUCACAUAUAUCGAAAGAACAGCCUUAUUGCUUCACACUAUAAGCCAAUUGGAGAUCGAAAGAAAUCCAAAUAACUGGCAAAUCGAACAAGGGUUAAAUAAUGCAAUAGGGAAUGUAAAAAUCCAUGACAUAACCCAAGGUAAAAUAGGAUUGUUCCUUGAAUUCUGGAAAGAUUUCAGGUACAUUAAUCAUGAACUGAAUACUGCUAUUGGAAACACCUACAAUGUCCAAUUUAAUAUUGUUUCUUCAUCAUAUAACCACGAGUAUUUGCUUGAAAAUAAUAAGAAGGAAUGGGAGAUAGCUAAUCAAGGUAAUAAAGAACGAGUCAAGUUUGAAUUUGAAGAUGCAGUUAUACCAACCGUUAACAACGAUGGAACAAACACUACUAUGUUGCCGUGGAUGUUUGAUCUUGUUUUGAAUCAUCCAAUUUAUGUUCCAAAAUAUAUCUUGGAAUACCUCGGUUUAGAUUACACUGUUGAAGAAAAUACUACUGAUCCACUUUUUAAAAUAUUUGAUAAAAUCAACAACUCGCAAGAAGUCGUGGAUUCUAUAAACAUACUUGGAAGAAAUGUUUCAUGUUUGAUAAAUCAUGACUUGAUAUCUAACUUCAUACCAUUGAAAAGCGUCAAGAUCAACCAUUUAUACGACCUUUCCCUGUUGAUUCCAAUUUUAAGGAAUUUCAUUGUAUUAUCCAACUUGUACCGCACGUUAAGUCAAAACAACUGUAUUAUACCAAGAAGAAAAAGUAGACGAAGAAGUUCAAGAGUGUCCUUUAAGAAUGAUAAAGAGUUGACCGAAGAGAUUCGGAAGAAAUUAAAGGACUCGUUGAAGUUACCUGAUGAUGUAACUGAUGAAGAAUUAUUAGGAUUGAAUGCAAUUUCCGAGACUGCCACCUACAGUACUAUUCAGCCUAUUAACGAUAUGUUUGAUCUUGAAUCAUUUAUAAAGAAUGAUCAAACUACUACAUCCAAAGAAAACUACUUUCAAGUAAGUCUUGAUGAUAUUGAUGUGACUUCCAAUGACUUAUAUCUUACAGUUGAAGCAUAUCUGGAUAUUAAGGAAAUAUAUAUCCGUUUCAAAAUAUCCAAUGGACAAAUACAACUAUUACAAGAUGAUAUUGAUGAGAACAACGCCAAGUUCAUAAAAACGCUUGAUCUCACCGAAGAUUUCGUAGUUUCAAUUACAUCAGUGUAUUAAUUAUGUACAAGAAUAUAUAUAAACCUAGAGCUUGACACCAAUGUGAAUACUGGCGACACCAAAAGUUAAAUUUUCAUAUCCUGGUUCAGGAACAUAGAAUCCUGCUUUUUGAAUCAUCCCUUUAAAAGUUUCUUGGUUUGGAAAUUUUCUAAUACUUUCCACUAAAUAUUGAUAAGAAUCUCUAUCAUUAGCAAUCAAUUGACCCAUUAAAGGUAACAAACUGAAAGAAUAAGCUUGGUAUGCAUAGUCAAUUGCUGGAUUUUCAACUUGAGAGAAUUCCAAACAUGCGAAAAUACCUCCAGGACGUAAGACUCUGUAUGCCGUGUUUAAACCUGCUUGAACAUCGGUGAAGUUUCUAAUACCAAAGGCAAUAGUGUAAACAUCUUUAGAGUUGUCUUCGAUCUUAUCCAUGAUUUCACCAUUUUGAACCAAGAACUUAACUCGAUCACUGCCAUCAUUCCAUUUACUCUUUUGAAAUCUUAAUUCACCCUCAUGCAACAUAUCAGGAUUGAUAUCAGCAACAGUCAUGGUCGAACUAACAUCACCGAAUUUUUUCUCGGCGUGAUCAAGCAAUCCAAAUGCAAUGUCACCGGUACCACCAGCAACAUCCAAAAAAUCAAGGGGUCUAGAGCUUCCUGGUCUCAUACCUGCAUCCAAUCUGUCGAUGAAGUGUGAUUUCCAUAAUCUGUGUACACCCAUGGACAUAGCAUCAUUCAUAACAUCAUAUUUGGAAGCAACCGAGGAGAACACCCCUCCGACAAGUUUCUCCUUGUCUUCCUUUUGCACGGUCUUGAAUCCGAAAUGGGUUGUUUCUGGUUUAGGUGGAGGUGGAGGUGGUGGUGGGGUAGUGGCAAGUGUUCUUGCAAGGAUUGGCCCACCACGUUUGAGUGAACGUGUUAAACUGGUCUUCAUUGUUAGGGGAUCAGCUUAGUGUAGCAGUGGUGU